AUGUACCUACAUGGCGCUGGAAGCUUAAAGCUUGUUGGGCACAUUUUGAUUGAGAUACCAUUCCUGGUCAACUGUUUUCUUCCAACGCAUCCCAAGAACUUUAUUGUCAUAGAAAUUACUAAUCCCAGAAGAUUCCUCCAUAGCAAUGCCAUUGAACAUGUAGAUGACAAUGCUUUCAGUGGACUUAACAACCUUGACUUUCUUGACUGUGCUCCUUCCACGACAUUUUAUGUGUUGGUGUUCAGUGAAGAAGUGGACUACACAGGUGGCCUUAGAAGUUCAGGAUUUGUUUGCAAUCACUGUAAACCUGGAAAGUUAAUCGACUCUCGAUGUGUGAAUUGCAGCCUUUGCGCUGCUGGUUUCUAUAACGACAUUGAUGGCCUUUAUGGUUCGUGUCGUGUGUGCCCUGCAGGAGGUUUCUAUCAAGAUCAAAUGGGACAAGUUGAUUGCAAGAGAUGUAGCGUUGGUACGUUUGUCUCUGAGGAAGCACAUCCUGGCACCAGUAUCAGUGAUUGCUUGGCAUGUCCUUAUGGAACGUUGUCCAAUGAGACCGCUGGUUAUCGAGCAUGUAAAUGUCUCCAAAAUUUCUACCGCUUGGAUCGUUUUGGCCCUUGCACAGCAUGUCCACUAGACGGCUUUGUUUGGAAGAACGAUACAGCAAUACUUGCACCCGGUUACUUCUGGAAAUGGCCUAGAAAAACAGAGAGAGACCAGUACAAGAAUUUUGUCUUUAACAUUUACUCUUACGGAUCCAAUUAUAAUAGUAUUUCCUCCAAAUUUCCUGGUUCACUUCCAAUACCACUAAAAUGUCCUCACAUAGACUCAUGCAAAGGUGGGAUUGACUCAGAAUGCCACGAAGGAUAUCAAGGGACUUUGUGCGCAACCUGCACUGGUGGCUUCUAUUUCCGAUUCAACUCUUGCUUGAAAUGUCCUCGGUUAUCUGUUGCGAUAACUUCAUCCGUCUUGGUAGUUGUUUUGUUUGUUACUGUGUUUCUAAUGGUUCUUUGGGGCGACUCCAAACGCACAGAGAAUAACCGAACCAUUGCUGAUAUCAUCAUGUCGUGCUUUAAGAUUGUAAUUGGUUUCUACCAGGUCAUUGCUGGUAUUUUCUCGGCAUUGAAGAGAGUUCGAUGGCCUGUGGCUUUGAUUUCAAUGGAGGAAUACCUCAAAUUAGUCGAAGGAAACAUUCUGCAGUUCGCUCCGCUAAGCUGCAUCCAUUCUCAACUGCGGAUUGAUCAAUUCGUGAAAUUUGUGGUGGCAAUAUGCGUGAAUGUAUUGGUUGUUGGUUUGAUUUUUCUUUAUCUCAUCCUGAAAAAGCGUUACAUCGAAAAAAAAAUGGAUCGCCCCAAUAGUGACAAAGAAAGGGAAAUUUUGAGCUUGAAGAAGUCUUGCUAUCGGAACAUUUUCCUCUUUCUUUUGACUUCAGACCCUGCAACGGGCAAAUCAAUAAUUCAGAUCCUUCCUCUCCCGGGUGCCUGCGUGAAAACUUGUUUCACCGACGACAUGAACGAUUGUAUUUCCCUCUUGAGAGCCGAUUACUCUAUCCAGUGUUUUACGUCUCGCCAUAGCUUGUACUGGCUUAUUGCUGCAGUUUUUUCAUUAUAUCCUAUAGGAUUUCCACUUCUGGCAUUGUUUCUCACUUACAAAUAUCGCGAGUCACAGGAAAAUGAGGCGAUCAAAUUCGGACUGAGAGUGUUCUUUGAAAACUACAAGAAUAAUUUUUGGUUUUGGGAGAUUAUAGAGAUGUAUCGAAAGCUGAUACUGAUCUCGUUGAUCUUCCUCUUUGGAUCUGAAGGCCUUUCUCAAGUCGGCCUUACGAUCUUGACGGUAAGCGCGUUUGGAGUUGCGUAUACGUUCUUCCGACCGUUAAAAAGCAAGUUUGAGGAUCGUCUACAAACAUUUGUCCUGUGGAUCAUAUUCUUUGAUGUCUGUCUUGGUGCAGUGUACACAAAUUGGGAUGUCCGAAAUACGCAGAAUAGAGACAACUCCAUAUUUAUGAAUGUCCUCUUCUUGACCCUUAACGCCUCUGUGUUGUUACUCGCCAUUGCGAAAGGAUUCCUUCAUUUGAAGUCUUUUUGGAAGAAAGUUUACUUGUGCCCAAUCUACAGUUUCAGUUUCUGUCGCCGUGGUAUAGUUCGUCUGAAAAGCGUUGUGGUUGCCUUCUUUCGUAGAUUUUCAUUAAAAGGAACAAGAUCGGAAUCGUCCGAUGAUGCACUUGUUUAUUUUAUCCAAGAUUAAACAGAAUAGUAGCCCUAAAAAAGUGACCGUCCGUUAUAGCACGAUUUGGAACAAGAUCGUAAUCGUCCGAUGCACUUGUUGAUAUGAUUCUUCGACAAGAGACUAUAAUCUCUUGUCAAAGACUAAAAUGAACCUUAGCUCAAAAUAAUAAUCGGUUUUACAUCUGCAGUACAAUUUUUAUCCAAAUAUUAAAGCUAUAAUGAGUUUGCUUGGCUCGUAAGACGUUGACUUAUGUUCAAGUAUCAUUGCAUCAGAUAUAGUAGUCAGUUGUAACUAAAGAUCCUCCAUAACAGGUAGACUAAGGAGGUAUUAGAAAGAAUCACUUCUGCGACUGAAAGAAAACAACUAGAAAAUAAGUGUUCCCUUUUCACUUUCAGCUGUAUAUGCAAA